CGAGCCUGAGCGCCUUCUCCGUACCAGAGAAGCCCCACCCACCUGAAGCCAAGAUGUCCAGCAAGCGGGCCAAAGCCAAGACCACCAAGAAGUGGCCACAGCAGGCCACAUCCAAUGUCUUUGCAAUGUUUGACCGGUCCCAGAUCCAGGAGCUUAAGGAGGCUUUCAACAUGAUCGACCAGAACCGUGAUGGCUUCAUUGACAAGGAGGACCUGCAUGACAUGCUGGCCUCGCUGGGGAAGAACCCGACAGACGAAUACCUGGAGGACAUGAUGAGCGAGGCCCCAGGGCCCAUCAACUUCACCAUGUUCCUCACCAUGUUUGGGGAGAAGCUCAACAGCAUGGACCCCGAGGACGUGAUCCACAAUGCCUUUGCCUGCUUCGACAAGGAAGCCUCAGGUUUCAUCCAUGAGGACCACCUCCGGGAGCUGCUGACCACCGUGGGUGAUCGCUUCACAGAUGAGGAAGUGGACGAGAUGUACCGGGAGGCACCCAUUGACAAGAAAGGCAACUUCAACUACGUGGAGUUCACCCGCAUCCUCAAACAUGGUGCCAAGGACAGAGACGACUAGGCCACC